UUUUCAGUUGCUUGUCACCGUCGCCGUUUCGCUCGUCGCCCCCCUUCACCAGCCAGCCAGCGCAAACUCAGCCAGCCAUGUCCCAGCGCAUCCUCGCCUCUGUCCUCCGCGCUCGCCCCACCACCGUCCUCACCCGUGCUGCCCCGCGCGCACCCGUCGUCUCCGGUCUCCGCUGGUCCUCGGAAGCUCACGGCCAGGAGUCGUUCGAGUCGUUCUCCGAGCGCUACAUCGCCUUUUUCCAGGGCGCACAGGACCUCUUUGAGGUCCAGCGUGGCCUCAACAACUGCUUCGCCCACGAUCUCGUCCCCUCCCCCGGCGUCAUCGAAGCCGCCCUCCAUGCCGCCCGCAGGGUGAACGACUACGCGACCGCCGUCCGCGUCCUUGAGGGUGUCCGCGAAAAGGUGGAGAAUAAGCAGCAGUACGAUGCGUACUUGGAGGAGCUCAAGUCUGUUCGUGAGGAGUUGGGCAUUCAGACCAAGGAGGAGCUGUACACUUCAUGAAAGCUUUCAACUUCAGUCUGUGCUUUACUUAGAUUCAAUGCCUUAUUCGUAUCAGUCCCCGAAUGCGUCCACCACAACUCAAUUCUGGAUAUAGACCUAGCAAUAUAAAAGGCCUGGGACUCAGCUUUGGUCCGUUCAUUUUGGGCAGUCAGCACUUUCCCAGUGGCAAAUCGGCCUGCCGCUCCCCAGAUAGUGUUCGUUGGGCCUUCCACCUACCGGUGACGUUUCCCCGUUUGCGUCUUCCAGUCUUGACCUUAGGGCCACUCCGAGUGAGAAAUGUUUGCCAGUGCCAAUGUGAUGCGAGUUGCACAUUCUGCCAAC